CUCAGCCCUGAAUAGGAAAUGUCAUUCUCCUCAUAGAGCGGAGGAGCGGUAGCCGGCUUCGUACAGCGUGUUUAAUUCAGACUAAUUCCCACACUGGGAUGUGGACGGCGGGUCGUUGGAAGUCAGUGAGACCCGCGGGGAGAGGCAGGGAGGCUGUGGCGGAGUGAAGUAGCGAGGGGUCGGUCACAUUGUGAGCUGAAGCACGCGCCUUCCGUCCCCGAGCCGCCAACCGUCACCGAACGUUUCCAGACCCCCUCCCUCUCUCCCGCCUCCCACCACACACCCCCACCCCGGGAGGAGGAGGAGGAGGAGCGGCGGGGAAUCCAACAUGGCGGAGCAUGCAGCCCUGGAGAACAAGCACAAAGCGGCGAUCGCCAACUCCGGGGCCUCCUCCCCCGCCCUGAGACAGGCGGCCGGCGGCGCUGUGGGGGUGCACUCCCAUGGAGGACUAUCGGGGGGAUUGUCGCAGCCGGCCGGCUGGCAGUCCCUGCUCUCCUUCACCAUCCUGUUCUUGGCCUGGCUGGCCGGAUUCAGCUCCAGGCUGUUCGCCGUCAUCCGCUUCGAGAGCAUCAUCCACGAGUUCGACCCUUGGUUCAACUAUAGAUCAACACAUCACCUGGCAUCCCAUGGGUUUUAUGAGUUUUUAAAUUGGUUUGAUGAACGAGCAUGGUAUCCACUGGGAAGAAUAGUAGGCGGAACAGUGUACCCUGGAUUGAUGGUGACUGCUGGCCUUUUCCACUGGAUUUUAAAUAUGCUGAACAUAACCGUUCAUAUAAGAGAUGUAUGUGUAUUCCUAGCGCCUGUUUUCAGCGGCCUUACAUCAAUUUCCACCUUCCUGCUCACUCGAGAACUAUGGAACCAGGGAGCAGGGCUUUUAGCUGCCUGCUUUAUUGCUAUAGUGCCAGGCUACAUAUCCCGAUCAGUAGCUGGAUCCUUUGACAAUGAAGGCAUUGCUAUUUUUGCACUGCAGUUUACAUAUUAUUUGUGGGUGAAGUCUGUUAAAACUGGCUCUGUCUUUUGGACAAUAUGCUGCUGUCUGUCUUAUUUUUACAUGGUGUCUGCCUGGGGUGGUUAUGUGUUUAUCAUCAAUCUUAUUCCUCUUCAUGUUUUUGUAUUGCUACUGAUGCAGCGCUACAGCAAGAGAGUCUAUAUAGCUUAUAGCACUUUCUACAUUGUGGGUUUGAUUUUAUCCAUGCAAAUUCCAUUCGUGGGGUUUCAGCCAAUCCGAACAAGCGAACAUAUGGCAGCCGCAGGAGUAUUUGCGCUGUUGCAAGCCUAUGCCUUACUACAGUACUUAAGAGACAAGCUGACGAAGCAAGAGUUUCAGACGCUCUUCUUUCUGGGAGUGUCGCUGGCUGCUGGAGUUGUUUUUCUAACUGUUAUCUACUUGACCUACACAGGAUACAUUGCCCCUUGGAGUGGGAGGUUCUAUUCUCUUUGGGAUACCGGGUAUGCAAAAAUUCAUAUCCCCAUAAUUGCCUCUGUUUCGGAACAUCAACCAACUACAUGGGUUUCAUUCUUUUUUGAUCUGCACAUAUUAGUGUGUACAUUUCCCGCAGGCCUCUGGUUUUGCAUUAAAAAUAUCAACGAUGAACGAGUAUUUGUUGCCCUGUAUGCAAUUAGCGCAGUGUACUUUGCUGGUGUUAUGGUUCGUUUGAUGCUGACCUUGACACCUGUGGUCUGUAUGCUGUCUGCCAUCGCGUUCUCUAAUGUUUUUGAGCAUUACCUGGGGGAUGAUAUGAAAAGAGAAAAUCCACCAAUCGAAGACAGCAGUGAUGAGGAUGACAAAAGGAAUUCUGGAACCCUCUACGAUAAGGCAGGAAAGGUGAGAAAGCAUGUGUCUGAGCAGGAGAAAACAGAAGAAGGCCUUGGUCCAAACAUUAAAAGCAUAGUCACAAUGUUGAUGCUCAUGCUGUUAAUGAUGUUUGCUGUACAUUGCACAUGGGUAACGAGCAAUGCCUACUCCAGCCCCAGUGUGGUAUUGGCGUCUUACAAUCAUGAUGGAACACGAAAUAUCUUGGAUGACUUCAGAGAGGCAUACUACUGGUUAAGACAAAACACAGAUGAACAUGCCCGUGUUAUGUCAUGGUGGGAUUAUGGUUACCAAAUAGCAGGAAUGGCUAAUCGGACGACUUUAGUUGACAACAACACGUGGAAUAAUAGUCAUAUAGCACUGGUUGGAAAAGCAAUGUCUUCUAAUGAAACGGCUGCAUAUGAAAUCAUGCGAAGCUUGGAUGUAGAUUAUGUAUUGAUUAUCUUCGGCGGUGUAAUUGGCUACUCUGGAGAUGAUAUCAAUAAGUUUCUUUGGAUGGUUAGAAUAGCAGAAGGAGAGCAUCCAAAAGAUAUCCGGGAAAGUGACUACUUUACACCACAAGGAGAAUUUAGAGUUGAUAAGGCUGGAUCUCCAACUUUACUCAAUUGCCUCAUGUAUAAAAUGUCAUAUUAUCGCUUUGGUGAAAUGCAGCUAGAUUUUCGGACCCCACCUGGCUUUGACCGCACACGUAAUGCUGAAAUUGGGAAUAAAGAUAUCAAAUUCAAGCAUUUAGAAGAAGCCUUCACAUCAGAACAUUGGCUUGUUAGAAUAUACAAAGUCAAACAGCUAGAAAAUAGAGAGGUGCUUGAUCACAAACCUAGAGUGACCAACAUUCUACCCAAGCAGAAGUAUUUAUCCAAGAAGACAUCUAAGAGGAAGCGUGGAUACAUUAAAAAUAAGCUAACGCUGAAGAAAGGCAAGAAACCCAUCAAGAAGACGGUUUAAAUAAACUGAUCUCACAGGAGGAAGUGGUCUAUGAGAUGACCAGUCUUUGCCUUUAGGUGAACUCAUGUUUCUCAGAGACAUGAGGGUACAGAACCAUCUUUGGUCCAGAUUAUUGUACAAAAUUUUCAGGCAAUGUCUGAUUACAAAAUAUAUAUAUAUUGGCUUAAGAACAGCUGUUUUAGAUUUGUAAUGUGAAGCCAGACAGAGCUGUUGUCCAAGAAUAACAGCACUUUUUUUUUUUUUUUUUUUUUUCUUCUCAUAUUUGGUUUUGUUUUUUGGAGGGGAAAUAAUUUCACAUCUGACAAUUUGGACUGAUUGCACCAAAGAGCCCUUUAAUUUGGUAAUUGGAACAUGCAUACUUGUCAAUUUUUUUGAUACAAUUUUUUUUUUUUUUUUUUUUUAUAUUGGAAAUAAAAUUUAAAACAAACAAAGAUGCCUAACAUUGAAUGGACUUUGUGGCAUCUCUCAAUGACCUAUCCUAAUGCAUAUAAAAAGUAAUAAAGCAACAGUACAACAGUAGGCUGAGAAGCAUGAAAUUCUGAAACAAUAAAGAUUUCUUCUUUCAAGUUUUUUUUUUUUAAAUUUAACUUUUUAUUUUCAUGACUGCAAAAUGCACAAAGGGUAGUCAUUUUGGUUUGUGGGUUUUUUGGUUUUUUGUUUUUUUUUUUGUCAAUGGUGUGAGUGUAUUUGGAUGCAACUGCAAAUGUAUAAUUGUUUUAUAGAGCAACAUUAAUGGCCAUCUGACUGAAAAAAUUUAGUCUUUCAUGCCAGACUAGCCAUAAAGUAUCCUAAAGACAUUUGGCAGUAAGUACUGAACCUUAGGUUGCAGCAUAUGUAUUCUGCACUGGGAAUAAGUUUUUGAUUUAAGCGAAUGUCCUUCACCGUGACAACAAUGUGACUCCACCUACAGAGGCUUAAAUCUGUGGUUUAGGCAGAUGCGUGAUUAGUUUAGGUGGGUGUCGAAGGCCUUUCAAAAUACGCAAUUUUAACCAAAAGUGCAGUGUGUAAAAUUUAAAACAAAUUAUAUUGUACUCAUUAAAAGUUGACAAGUAUUCAGGAAUCCACUGUGGCAGAAAUAGAGUAGAAGGUAUCUGCACUAGAAUUUGAGUUUCUGGACAAUUUAUUUUUGGUUCCCCCUUGUAAGUUUAUGAUUUCUAUUGUAUUCAUUCUAUGACUGCUCUAGUGUGGGGGUUUUCCUUUGAAUAGAAUUGACAAUUCUGUCAAUUAAAAUGCACUAAAAUGUACAACGGGUUGAGCAUUUGGGUGGAUCUGUUUUCAUUUUCUGCCUUUAGGAACUAUACAGACUUGAAAUAUUCUUAGCUAUUGAAAUAAAUAUUUCCACCCUUUUUUUUGGUAUAAUCCAAGAAAGUGUGGAACUUUUCCACAGCAAGUAUUGAAUAAAAAGAACAGAAAAUGUAACGUUUUGUAGAAAAGUACAAUCAAUCAAAAUUGGUUAAACCUUCCAAAGGAAAGGUUUGCUAAAUGAACAUUUAUGCCUUUGUUUUAUUUUGCUUUUUCUUUUUUCUUUUGUUUGUUUUUUUUUUUUUUUAGCUUUUUUGCGAAUGUGUUUAAUUUACAGACCAUGAAGCUGCACCCUUGUUGAACUUGUUAAUGGGUUCUGACAAUAUUAGACCAUGCUGGGAUUCUGUUAUUUUAUUGGAUCAUAAAACUGUUUUGAGAAUGUUGUUGACUAUAGGCAAAUAAAAUUUUGAUAAAGGUUUUUUGUUAAGUGUCCUGUUUCUGUUCCAGGAUAAAAUGAGCUAAUUUGGAAAAUACCUGUCUCAUCUGUCAAGGCAGGCACUGUUUGGCAUAAUUAGAUUUAAUAGCCCUUUGGGGUCGUUUUUUUGUUUUUUGGUAUAGGUAAAACUUAUUUUUGAGAUUAUUUGGGGGGGAAUGACAUGACCAGACCUGCAGUAAAAACUGGAAAACCUUACUUUCAAAUAAAAAGUAGAAAACUA